CCAAACCAAAGCUUUCUACAGCACCGUUCGGCAUAAUGGAGGUUGUGAGAAACAUCGACUCUCUUUUUCUUGAGGCGUACAAUCAUUCAGCAGCGCACCUCACUCCCACUAACAACGUCUUUGGGCUGUCUAUCCGGCAGCAGACGGUGAAUCGGGGCCACUAUGACAGGCAAGAACGGCCAGGUCUGGAGAAACAAGUCCGACAUGCCACCCAUGAAGGUGAGCGAAAAAAAUCAAAUGCACAGCCGGUACAAGGAAACGAGACGACUGUCGAUGAAGGCUGGAAACAAGCCCGCUGGGAAGCCAUCCAUGGGAAAGAGUGCAGAAGAUAUGCAGCCGGCGGCAACCUAUGGCUUAUGAAGGCUUCUCUCUUAAUUAUUUCAAGUGUGUCUGCCUUCUCGCUUUGUUUUGAUUUGUUUGUACUCCGUACUCGAAUCAGAGAGAUCCUGCUUAGGCGGCUUCUCACUGGCCUGACAGAAGACCAUGGACCUAAAACUCGGGGCAACUGAGGCAGCCCACUUCAUCCCGUUCUCUCUAAGUGACGACCUUUUGAUACCGUUCCUGAAAUGACUAUUUUCAUGAAUCUAACUGGAUUGUCCCCCGCUCAGAAAUUCACCCUCGCGGUAUUGGCUUUGUUCUUGCUGAAGACACGCCAUACAUUGAACGGAUGGGAUAUUGAUCAAUGGAGGAAUGUGGUAAGGCCACCUGUCACAUACACAAAGCUUUUGGCGAUUAUAAGAUUUUCUUCAACGAGAGACCUCAACUCAUACAAGUGUUCUGAGUACAUACCCCUUGCAGUCGAGCUUAAGAACGAGGUAAACCAGCAGGAAAUGCUAGAAUCCAAGUUCGACGUCUAUC